AUGGCGACAGGGGAUCCAGCUGCGCUCCAGAUACCAUCUCAGGACAUGAAGCAAAGAAACAAGCCCCUGGUAAAGGGCAUGGCAACUCCAGAGAGGGCAACGAUCGCAUCAGGUGCCAUGAAGAUCUUAGAUCCACGUCGGUUAAAACCUGAUAGCAUUGAGAUGGAAAGAAUCAUAACUGUCUUGGAUGACACGAUUGCCAAGCUGGAGAUGAGCAGCUUGAUCCCACAUAUUAUCGACUCUCUGGACAGGUUUGCUGAUAUGCUGGGACCUGCGAUCACAAACAGCCUGAUCGAGCACCAAAAACUUUCAAAUGAAAUGGGGAACCUGCUCUCCAGCUCUGAAGAAGGGGACACCAUGAGAUCUGAGGAACAGCAGGGCCGUUUCUGCUUACUAGAGCAACGUCUGAAAUGCUCUGUUAGAAAUGUCCUGAGACCCUUGCUGGCCAACCCUUCGCUUUGCCAGGCUCUGAAAUACGAAGCCUGGGCGAGAGACUCACCAGCUGAAGAGUUUAUCAAAGCCUUUGGGGAGUUCAGGAAUUUCAUGCUCGAGAGACUUGUGACUAGUCCUGCAGAAGAGGAAGAAAAGAUUCAGUUCAUGGCAGACAUCUCCCUCCAGAUUAAGAAAAACACUGAAGCAAUCACAGCUUUACAGGCAGAACUGGCAGCAGCAAUCCGGACCCGAGAGGAGGAGAUUCACAAGAAGGACAAUGUGAUCAAAGACCUCAGAAACAACAUACAAGAUCUGACCAAAGACUGCAAGGCUGGCAUCCAGCAGAUGAAGCAACAAGGAGAAAAAAAGCGAAAAGAGGAGCUGCAAGCCUCCCAGGCCAGGUGUGCCAGGCUACAGCAGGACAUUCAGCAGCUAGGAGCUCAACUCAAUGCACUUGUACUGGAGCAUCGAGCAUCAGAGCUGGCUCUCAGAAAGAGGAAGUGCAGGGCAGAGAUGGAAAUUGGGAACUGGAUCCAGAAAUAUGACACAGAUAUGGGAGAAAAACAGGCUGAGUAUGAGGAGGUUCAGGCUGCCUAUGCCCAGGAGAAGGCCCAGCUGUCCCUGCUGACAGAGAAGCACGCUGUGCUUCUCCAGGAGUAUUCCCAGAUUGAGGAGGAGCGCAGGAUACGUCGGGAGAAGGAGGAGCAGGCUUUGAAGGAGUUGGCCACCAUGAACCUUGCUGCCACCCGCAUCCAGGCCUUCUGGAGAGGCUACUUGGUCCGGUCCCUCUUCAAGUCAAAAAGGAAGAAGAAGAAGGGCAAGGGCAAGAAGGCCAAGAAAUAAAGCACAAAAUCUAUUCUCUCACUUCGUGGCAAAGCUGCUGACUCUGCUGGGACUGAGCUCUUCCAGAUAAAAGCAUUAGAUUUGAAAGAGCAUUUGCAUUAAGGCCUCCAGGGCUGGGGCCGCCUCUCAUAGUUGGCGUAUAUUGCAGCAGUGGCGUGAAGACAUGUCUCCACUGUUUUAGGCUUUGCUAUCCCUGCAAGGAGGAGGAUGUCUCCUGACAAAGGGACUGGGCCAGGAGUGCAAGUUCCUGGCUCCUCUCCUUGGCUUUAGUUUCCUUGCCUGUACCUUGCCUGUGUGUCAGGGCCCGAUUCUGUUCUUACCGAAGGUGGCAAUAAAAUCAUUCCUGGCGGCAGGA